GUGGGUUCGAUUCCCACAACCCUUCGGUGUUGUGUGCGUGAAAAAUUGUUAUCGGUUAAUUUUCCUCGGCGGAUGCCGGAAAAUGGGUGUAUAUCCGAAUUUAAGAUGAGCCAGCCCAAUUAAGCACAAAGAAGAAAAAUGCUGUGUCUAAUAAUUUAGAUACUGCUUUCAGUGGAACUCAUAAGUUCUCUGUUAUAUCUGUCCUUGGCGAUAUGCCAAGGGGAAAAAAUAGAAAGAAGAAGAAGAAGUAUUCUGUGGACUGUUCAUGGCGAUUGAACGUCCGAAAAAAAGAAGGCGCAAUAACAACCGGGCUGUGGGGUUUGGUUUACUGCAACAGACUGUUUCCUCAUCAGCUGCAUUAAUUUCAUCUAAUAACUCUUCGACUUUGAACUGCUCUCAGAGUAAGAAGCCUGAAAAGAAACAGAGCUCUUCAGUGCCGACCUUAAAAGUUGUUAAUCUGGAUUCUGAUGAAGAACAGAAUGCUGAUGUGUCCAAUUCCCAGGUGAGCAACAUUAAAAACAGACUUGAUAGUUUUUUUCAAGAAAUCGAAAGUAGUGAGGAUGAGUUUGAGAAAAUUCUUACAUUGACCCAAAAACCUGAAAACAAAAAAGAUGAUGACUUUUAUACUGUUCUUUCUGAUGGUGAUGAUAUUGAGGCUGGACCUUCUAUUCAAGCUGGUACUAAUGGUUUAAGUACUUUUGCUGAAAUGGCAACCAAAAGAGCAAAUGUGCCUUCUCAGAAAACAAAUGAAAAAAAUUCUGAUCUGUUUACCAUAGUGGAUGAUAUCCUAAAAGACUGUGAUAGUAGUGAUGUAAAUACAUCAAAACAAAAAAUGUCACCUACACAGCUUGCUCCAAAGAGCCUAGAAGAUAUGAAGAAAGAAAGUGAGCAAAUACUUGGGAAUGUGUCCUCCCUUCUCAACGACUUUAUUGCAUUGAAAAAGGCUGAAGAAGAGAAAAAAUCACCAGAAGGUCCAUCAUGUCCAAUUUGUCUGGAUCCUUUUGCGGCCGAUGUCCAAAUUAUGACUACAAUUUGUGGUCAUAUUUUUUGCAAACCCUGCAUAACCAAAGUGGCAAAGUCAAUUAAAAAAUGUCCGACAUGCCGAAAAUCGGUUAAUAUAAAAAAGAUCCACCCAAUUUAUAUGAAUAUUUAAGUAACCUUUUUCUAAUGAAUCUUAUAUGUUUAGCACUUUUAGCUUAGAUUUUGUUUGUUUUAUGCAACUGACCAGUGAAAAAUAACAGGUUGUACCCACAGCAUCAGAUAAAUUUUUAUUUUAAUUUGCGCUAAUAAAAUGUGAUGAACUUUCCUUACUUUUGUAUU